UCUCCACCUCCUCUCUCUCUCUCUCUCUUUCUGUCUCCACCCGCAGAAGAAGAGCAGGAUGAGGCUGCGUGGUUAAUGGUUUGUACACGGAAGCAGUGAGUGGAUUUGUCACAGUCUCAGCUCCGACCUGUCGACCUGCGUGCGUCCGCGCUCAGCUUCAGCCGUGCGUCUUUGGAGUCUCCGUGUGGACGCGAUGAGGACCUCCGUGUUCGUGCUCGCUGUGUUUCUGUGUUUCCUCCUGGUCAGAGGGGCUCCAGUACCACCGAACAAUGAGACGCCAGCAGCAUCGAUUACAGACCAAACUGUAAAAGAACAGUCUACCGACAACGGACAACCAGAAGAAAAUGUAGUGAAAACUACUAAAACUGGUACUGAUGGAAAGUCAGUGGAACCCAGCGUCACAGAUCAGUCAAAGGCUGGGAAAGAUAAGGAGGGAACGGACAAGACAACGCAAGCAAAUAAAGACACCUCCGAAGAGAAGGCCACUGAUAACAACGCAAACACACAGUCGAGAGUAGCCAGUGGGGGAGAUGCGCAGGGAAAUACUGCUGCACAGGGAGAGGCGAAGGGAACGGAUGCUGGAGCGGGAGAUGCGAAGGGAACGGAUGCUGGAGCGGGAGAUGUGAAGGGAAAGGAUGCUGGAGCGGGAGAUGUGAAGGGAACGGAUGCUGGAGCGGGAGAUGUGAAGGGAAAGGAUGCUGGAGCGGGAGAUGUGAAGGGAAAGGAUGCUGGAGCGGGAGAUGCGAAGGGAAAGGAUGCUGGAGCGGGAGAUGCGAAGGGAAAGGAUGCUGGAGCGGGAGAUGUGAAGGGAAAGGAUGCUGGAGAGGGAGAUGUGAAGGGAAAGGAUGCUGGAGCGGGAGAUGUGAAGGGAAAGGAUGCUGGAGCGGGAGAUGUGAAGGGAAAGGAUGCUGGAGCGGGAGAUGUGAAGGGAAAGGAUGCUGGAGCGGGAGAUGUGAAGGGAAAGGAUGCUGGAGCGGGAGAUGUGAAGGGAAAGGAUGCUGGAGCGGGAGAUGUGAAGGGAAAGGAUGCUGGAGCGGGAGAUGUGAAGGGAAAGGAUGCUGGAGCGGGAGAUGUGAAGGGAAAGGAUGCUGGAGCGGGAGAUGUGAAGGGAAAGGAUGCUGGAGCGGGAGAUGUGAAGGGAAAGGAUGCUGGAGCGGGAGAUGCGAAGGGAACGGAUGCUGGAGCGGGAGAUGUGAAGGGAAAGGAUGCUGGAGCGGGAGAUGUGAAGGGAAAGGAUGCUGGAGCGGGAGAUGUGAAGGGAAAGGAUGCUGGAGCGGGAGAUGUGAAGGGAAAGGAUGCUGGAGCGGGAGAUGUGAAGGGAAAGGAUGCUGGAGCGGGAGAUGUGAAGGGAAAGGAUGCUGGAGCGGGAGAUGUGAAGGGAAAGGAUGCUGGAGCGGGAGAUGUGAAGGGAAAGGAUGAUGGAGCGGGAGAUGCGAAGGGAAAGGAUGCUGGAGCGGGAGAUGCGAAGGGAAAGGAUGCUGGAGCGGGAGAUGUGAAAGGAAAGGAAGCCAGUGGGAAGACGGAAGGGAGGAACGUUGAUGAGGACGUAGCGGAAAGCAGUCAUUUCUUCGCCUACCUCGUCUGCACGGCUGUGCUGGUGGCAGUGCUUUACAUCACCUACCACAACAAGCGAAAGAUAAUUGCUUUUGUUUUGGAAGGAAAGAAAUCCAGAUCCGCACGUCGACCUAAAUCCGGAGAAUACCAGAAGCUGGAACAGCAAAUGUGAUUCUCUUGGAGCCGUCGCCUGGAGCAGUUGAAUACACUGGGAGUUGUGCGAAUGGAUACUUGCAUUAGAUGUUUUCCAGUGUACUCUGCGUUGAUUUCCCCUCGUGUUGAAUGAGGACGUUCUUCUCUUAUGUACCUUUUUCUAGAUGCUUAUUCUAUGACUAUGCAGAUGACACUGUUGCCUUAUUGAGGGGGGAGUAGUGAAAUGUAGUGAAGGUAAAAUAAGCAUGCUGUCUUUGCACUUGUGUCGUUAUUCCACUUUUGAAGCAAUCUUGUAAUUUGACCUGACUAAGGUCCUGACUCAGGAUAUUUCAGUAGCAGAUGUAAAUGUGGAUGGACUCCGAUUCCAGCCUUGAAAUCUCUGUAAAAUACUGCCUGUGUACAAUUUCUCUGAGGUUUUUUAAACGUCUCAGUUGGAGUUGGAUCACAGCGGGAUUUCUGCUUGUGUUCAGAACCGUAUGGUGACGGCCGGUUGAAUGUAAUGGCUGCCUUCAUUCUGCAAUUGAGAUAUUAGCACCGUCCUCACCCACUUGGACAGAUGGAGCCUGUGGUUAAAGCAGUAGUUUGAUAUUUUGGAGAAUAUGCUUAUUUGACAAGAAGAAAACCCUGAUAUCUUAUGGUAAAAAUAACAUUAAGGCUACAGCUGGUUAGGUCAUACUAUUUUAUUCUAUUUUUUUUUACUGUCGUGGGUGUGGGCAUGUCGUGCUAAGGCUAGACCAAAAAAAAAAUUUCCAUAAUGUCGGACGAGUCGUUCCAAAAGCAAAUAAACAGCUGAACAACUGAUGUCAGGGUGUUGGGCGUACGCGUAAAUGCUUCUUUCUGUAUCCACACUCACUGUCGAUGCAAAACAGUUGGUGUGGUGUGACUCGUGUUGUUAAACUGUCCGUUGUCUGGUUCACCUGGUAUGAUCGCCCAACGCAUCCGUGGCCAGUUUCAGUAUUCCUGUUUGUGUUGGAACUUUUCUAGUUUGUGCUUCGUGUUGCUUUGCUUUGAGAUUCCGGUCUGAAAUGUUGUUUUAAGCUGAAAACGGUUUUGUAAGAAGAAAAUUGGCCAACAGCUGUGUUGUUUUGACUGUUGUGACUGCACUAUUGUGGGCGGGGGGGUGUCUAGGGAUAGGUUGACCACUAAUAUAUUAGAUUAAAUCACUCCUGCAGAGUGUGUGUGUGUGUGUGUGUGUGUGUGUGUGUGUGUUGAUGUUCAGAGAUGACAGACUUGUGCCAAAUUCUGAAAUAUUACUGUGAUUCUGUGAUUCUUGUAUUGUGCCUGUCUUCUGAAUUAACACACUAUUUCCACUCGUUUGGAAGGAAAGCUAAUGUUACCCAAUUGUUUCAUGGCUGAAUCAGAGUCCGUAUUCUGUUUCCAAUUUUUUUUUUUUUUUUUAUUGUGAAAUCUGCAAAUAAAAUUCGAGGUUUUUAUAAAUAAAUAAAACAACACAUGGCUAUUUUCAGGAAUGACACGAGCACCAGAAUCGGUUAGAAAAUGUCAGAGAGUCGUUCUUUCGUACAGUCUGACUGAGAGUGGCAUGAAAUUUGCAUGUUUUGGAGAUGUUUGACUACAUGGCUCAAUAACUUUUUUGUCUGUACACACAAAGAAAAAAAAAACAUCCUGAACCUUCAAAUGUAUGACUGCACGAGAGGAGCAUCGAUUCUAAAAUAAAAGCUUUUUGUAUUUUCUA